AUGAAUGGCGCAGGUGAUAGUCGAAAUCUUGAACCACAAGAUUCUAGUGGUGGACCUCCUGGUCAACCAGCAGAAGAUUCCAAUAGUGAUGGUAAUCAAAGAGCCACCAGGAAUAUUACCGUAUCGAUCCAGUACUCCUACUUUACACCACAUAGAUUUGCGAACUUAAACAACAAUAAUGAUAAUAAUAAUAAUAAUGAUCAAGAAGUGCCAGCCAAUGAUCCGGGUAUUACUAUUCCAGGAUUAGGUUUUCCUGUUGUUGGUAACGAAGGUAAUGGUGGUGGUGUAGCCCCAGAAGGUGGUAACAAUCCUGAUCCUGCUGCGGCUGCUGCUACUAACGCUGUUAACGCUGCUGCUAAUAAUGCUGCUCGCCCUGAUGGUGCCCUAGUGCUUUCCUUCAGGGACGUUCCAGUAUCAACACCACAGGAACGCUUGGAAUCAAUCAUCUCAAUAGCGGCAGAGCUGGCUAUGCGUCGUUUUAGCGAUAUCAUGUCCAUACCCAAGGGUAUCACUAGGGAGCAAUUUGAACAAUUACCAGUGGUUCAAGUCUCCAGCUUACCUGAGAAGCAAGAUACUAUUUGCAGUAUAUGUUAUGAAAAUUACGAAGAUGAGCCCAGUACACCCUUGAAAAGAGCUAGAGAUGGAGAGGAUAUGGAAGAUGAGGAAGAUUUGGAUUCUGUUAAGAAAAGAAGAUCUGAAUCCCCAGGUUCAUCAGAAACUAUGGAAACUGCACCAAGCCAUCCAUUAGAGCAUAGUGAUAAUCAAGAGGAAGGAAACGGGUCACACGUGCAUGAGGAGCAACGAUCAGAAACUGCACAACAACAACCAGAGGCACCUCAGCAGGACUCAUCUCAGCAGGGUGAAGAGUCGCAAAAGAAGUACUUGCAUUCACCUGUUCAAUUGCCAUGUGCACACAUUUUUGGUAGAGAAUGCUUGGACAAGUGGUCUCAAAUUGAAAACAGUUGUCCAUUAUGUAGACGUAAGAUUGUGGAAGUUCAACCUGAACAAAGACCUGAACCAGGUAAUCCUGCAGGUACAACUAAUAUGGAAGCAUUUGAAAGAAUUAGGCAGUUGCUUUACAACUCGCCGGCAGAGCAACAACAACAACAACAACAACAACAACAACAGCAGCAGCAGCAGCAGCAGCAAGAGCAACAAGGUCAGCAACAACAAGCUGGUGAGGGUUUUACCGCUACAGGCGAAUUGGAUCCACAAUCCUUUACUGUUUCAAGAUCAGGUAUUGUAUUCUUAAGACCUGGUCUACAACAAGGUGGUGAAAACGCAAAUCAACCACCUCCACCCAAUGUGUCCCAAACUCCAUUAGAUGGAACUGGAAACCAAGCUACGAAUGAAGCCCCAGCGGCAAGAGAUGAUGGAGCUACUCCUAAUGAAAACAACGAUAAUACCGGUCCCUUAGGAGGUGACUUAAACAGUAGAAGAAUCCAUUGGAUGCCUUUACCAUUGACUUCAAUACGUAUGGACAAUGGAUUGGAAGAUAGGGAAGGUCAAGGUCAACAUGAUAGGCUUGUGUCCAUUUUAGACCACAUCUUUAAUGCUGCUCGUAAUGAUAGUAAUAACAAUAACAAUAACAACAACAACGAUGAUGCUGGCAACAACGACAACCAAGAAAAUAACAACGAGAAUGAUAACAUUAAUAAUAAUGAUGAUAAUCGCCGUGAGAUUCCUCCUGCUCCAGGUUUUGUUACAUUACCAGUGAUUAGACCACCGGUGGCUACUAUACCAGGCCCUGCAUCGUUCGCUAGAGCUGCUACUCCUGCACGGGACCAAUCUGCAGCUGCUGCAGAUGCUUCAGCAUCAUUAGCUCCAGGGACAACAGGUUCACCUGCUGCUUCUGCUCCUUCACCUACUCCUGCUUCUGCUCCUUCACCUGCUUCUGCUCCUGCCCCUGCUUCUGCUCCUGCUCCCACUCCCGUUUCCGCCGCAAAUGCAAAUCCACCACCAACACCAUCAAGAAGAAGAUCUUUUUUAGAUAACAUACUAAGAAUAACCAAUUUGAACAGAACUUUUGGUAGAUCUCGUAAUAACAAUAGCAGUAAUGACAAUAGUAACAAUACCACCAGCAGUACCGAUAACAAUGACAACCAAUCGCAUCGCAAUAACAAUAUGUUUAAUUCUGGUGUGGCAAGUUAUAGAAACCAGGGUGGUCGUGUCUCUACAUUCCACAUACACAAUGGUCCCCUACCGUUCCUGCUGAGAAGACGCCAAGGUGCUAACCGUGACGACAGUAGUAAUGAUGCUAAUGGCACUAGUAAUGAUAAUGACAACAGUAAUAUUGGAUCGAGUCCCUCACACUCAAGGGGUAACCAAGAAGCAUCACAGUAA